AUGGCCGCUGACGUGGAGGUGACACGUCGUAUAUCCGCCCACUGCGCCUCCGCGCGCCGAGGGGAACCAAUAUCCGGGGAGGGCGCGGGAGCGACGUGUGCAUUUUGCUGUUGCACCAGGAAGCCUCUCUUCCCGAGAGUCGCUGCAUGAGCACAGUGUGUCUGUCUAUUUACACCCCGGAGAGAGAUCAGCAGAGAUCAUUCCCAAGUCUUCUGCUGAUUGCCAGCAAAACGGACAGAAUUUAACUUGGAUUUCCUUCAGAUAGUGGUGAUCCUUGCUUUAUAAUUUUUUUUGAAGAGUUGGUCACUUUGUCUGUCCCUUCCUUUUAGGACCACUCUGGAAUAUUGUCUCCAAACCUAAUCUGAUGUAAGCGUAUUCUUCUAAGACUAUAAUUUUGAUCUCGAUAAAUUUAUUUUGUAGUCUAAUUGCAAGUGCAUAAUACAGAACUAAAUGGCAGUUAUUGAAAUGCCAAAUGAGCCUAAUUUAAAAAGUCAGAAGAGUUGACAUGGAAAUUUAUUUUAUUUAAACAACAAAGCAGUAGCUUUGUAGAUCAAAAAUCUUUUUUCUUUUUUUCCCCAAAGAAAUUCUCAAAUGGCCUUGCAAAGCUUUGGAUUUAGCCAUUCUUGUUUUUGCAGAAAUGUGAUCAGUAGUUCACCAAAUGGUCGCCUUAUGAAGUGAUAUUAAAGAGAAGUUAUUCUCUCUCUUAGUUUAUAAAUACUUUAAUUCCUGAUUACUUAAUUUUCUUGCCUAAAAACUCCUACAGAGAAUAAUUAGGAUUGUUGUUCCAAACUGCCUAACUGCAUCCUACUGAAUGCCUCAACAAAAUUCCCUUGGUGUUGCUCCAGAUAGAAGUCCAAAAUUAACGCAUUGGCAGUCAUAUCAGCUAUGCCCACAAGUCUACCCAGACUGGAAGUCAUCCAAGAAUUUCAUCUUCUUUAUUAGAAGGAAAUAAAGAAGUGUCAACAUCUACCAAAGUGUCAUUUACAUGGUGUCUUGUUAGUGCUUGCCGUAGACUUUGAGAUGCACCAAGGCCAUCCAUGAAUUAAGCUCUUUUGCUUCUAAUCGUCCAUGAACUAAGUUGUUUGUUGCCUUUCUAGACGCUGAAGUCCAAUGAGAAGUGCUGUUAUUGCUACAAGUUAAUUGACCAAUCCAUUAAAUCAGUCCUGCAAUCCAUCAUAUGCUUGUUUGAGCAGCUGCCUUCACUGCUGGUCUCCUGCUAACCCCUUCAUACUCGCUUUAGACCAGAGGCCCUUAAUCCUGCGUAUUUUCUACCAACUGAGCACUGCAUCCCUUGUUGUUUGGACUCGGUUGAUGUUGAAUCUUCAUAAAGGAUUACAAUCACUGUUGGAUAAACGUGAAGUAUGUGGAGUUGAUGAACCUGCUGCUUGACUGAAUCUGUUUGCAGAACUUCAUUUCAGUUGCCUGGGUAUUUAGGGCCACUGCCAAAAUCUCUUGUUGGAAGUGAAAUUUUAUGCCAUAGAGGAUUACCUUCUACCCCCCAAAACAAACACCUAACGUUCAUUACAGACUGGCAAUGAAGGCAGAGCUCAUUCUUGAUGAAAUAGAAUUUCUGUUCAAUAAACAAAUUGUGGAAAAAAAAAGUGGCAAGUUUUAUAAAAAGAGACCCAUUAUAGAUUAGUAGGAGCGCAGCAGCACUUGUAUCUGUUUUUGUUCUUUGCUUUCCCUGACAAGAUGGAAAAAACCUCUUCUAGAAGAAGUACGGCUGGCAAAAAAGAAGCAGCCAAAGGAACUGAAAAAAAGGGUCCGUCAAAUGAGCCGCCACCUAUUGUAGAAACCAAGGAUCAUAAUCUUAUCAUAAAAACUGAUAUGUCCUCUUCGUUCUCCUCUUUCUAUCCUGCUGAUCCAGAUGGCUUUUCUACGACACUGUCACAUUUUUGUAGGAAGUGUGGAAAAGGCUUUGCUCGGCUGUGGGAUCUGCGCUACCACAUGCGUUCCCAUCAGGAGGGCCGUGGCUUUGUCUGUAGAACCUGUGGAAAGGCCUUCUUCCAGUCCUCGUCACUGCUGCGUCAUGAGGUCAGCCACACUGGGGAGAAGCCUUUCAAGUGUGCAGAGUGUGGCAAGAGCUUUGCCCAUUCCGUACAACUGGAGAACCACCGUCGUAGCCACUCUGGUGAGCGUCCUUUCAUUUGCCUGACCUGCGGCAAAGGCUUCAUGUCCUCUUCCCACCUUUCCCAGCACAAGCGCACUCACUGGCCAGCAGAGUCCCGGCAUGCCUGCCCACUGUGUGGCAAGACAUUCUCUCGUCCCUGGAACGUACUGCAGCAUCUGCGUUUUCACACUGGGGAGCGUAACUUCCAUUGUGAAGACUGUGGGAAGAACUUUUUCCGCUCUUCUGAUUUGCUACGCCACCAGCGCAUCCACACAGGGGAGAAACCCUUCCGCUGUGAAGUGUGCAACAAAAACUUCUCGCGUUCCUCUGUUCUGGCCAAACACGCCCGAAUUCACACCGGUGAGCGUCCCUUCAAGUGUGAAGUCUGCUCCAAGGCUUUUAUUACAUCUUCACAGCUGGUAGAGCAUCGCCGUGUCCACACAGGGGAGACGCCUUAUCUCUGCUCCGACUGCGGGAAGACCUUCAAAUUCUCAUUCCUGCUUAAACGUCACAUGCGCACGCACUCUGGGGAGAGGCCAUACUCAUGUGCAGACUGUGCGAAGGCCUUCAAGACUUCUGGCCACCUUCACAAACAUCAGCUCAUUCAUGCCCGUGAAGGUCGUUACCGCUGCCACUUCUGCCAGCAGCUUUUUCCCAACCGAAUGAAAUUGGACCGGCACACCCGCUUUGAGCAUGGCCCUGAUGGAGACGGUGGCAGUGGGUUGCUUUUAGAAAGUAGCCCAGCUGUGAUGGACCCAGAGUCUGACACUGCAGGAGAGGCCGAAGGGCAUAGCCUACGAAAGAUGGUGCAAGUGAAAGACGAUGACGAAGAUGAUGAUGAUGAUGAUCUGGACAUUGAAGAAGUUGAUGAUGAGAUGGAGGAAGAGGAAGUGAUUGAUGAGGAGGAGAUGAUAGAUGACGACGAUGAUGAUGAGGAAGUGAUAGACGACGAUGAUGAGGAGGAGGAGGAUGAAAAUGAUGAAUAAGCAAUGCUGAGGUCUGCUCCAGCUGCUUCAUAUUCUUUUUUUCAUUCCAACCAAACUCCCUUUGUGUAGAUAAGUAAAGAUUAGUGGGGAUGGGGAUUUUGGUCCAUCCUGGUUAGCAGGCAAGGCUUGCAACUUUCUUGAUCUGAUUAUCUAAACCUACUUCAUAAUAAGCCUUUCAGUUUAUGCUAAAAGUCCACGCUGUUGUGCCUGAUAGUCAGGAGACCUAAAUUAAAUACAGACUUUCUGUUAAUCUAAAAUUGAAGUUGCUUGUUUGAGUAAAUUUAACACUGGGCUUAACAGCACUGCAUCUGAGGUGUGCUUUCUAAAUAGCUUAACCAUCUGUUAAUAUACGGUAUCGUGUCACAUUGUAGGAAACCUCUGGGUAGUGUGGGUUUAGGGUUGCAGAAGUGCGACUGUCCUUAAUGCACAUAUUAAGUUGUCUAUUGGGAGUAAGAAAACAAAAGCAUGUUAGGUUAGCCUUACAGAUUUCCCUGGGGGCUCUGGGAUACUAGCACUGACACAAGAGCCAUGUUUCUGGGGAAAGCUCUGUGUUUACUGGUUUGCAUACAACCCCAUGGCCAUGAAAGGCUUUGAACUGUGGCUGAUGAACAGAAGCACAAGAUUAUGGGUUUGAGCAUCUGAAAUAUGGAGCUCCUCUGCUUUCUUUACCCGUUAGUAUAAUUUGUUUAGCAUCCCCCAGUUUGUUUUUUUGUGCACCUUAUUAAGAUUGUUACUGCAUCCUCCAAGAUUCGAGGGUUGGGUGCACCCAGAGUUUGUCUGAGGAGUUCACUUUUAUUGGCUCCUUAGAGAAUGUUAAUGAAACAGGCCUGGUCUACACCUCUGUGACCCUCCUUAGAAAUGAAUGAAUGAAUGGAUGGAUGGAUGGUGGAUAGAACUCCUGCAAAUGCUACAAUGUACAAGUACUCUGCAUGUGAGAUUAAGCUCUAAUUACAAUUAUGCCACUCAAAUUAUCUGAGCCACGUCCCUUUUUUUAUUUAGUGCUUUUACACUACAUUUCCAUUAACUUUCCAGAACAGAUCUGUAGUUUGUAUGCGCCCCACAUAUCAUCACCCUUAUACUGUAUUGCUGGAAUAAGUUUACAUUCCUUACUGAGGUCAUCCCAUUUUAGCUGCUAAAGACUGGAAUAAACCACACAUGGUACAAAUCAGUGUAAAGAAAAUUAAAAUGAAAGACGUAUCAGAUUUAAAAAAAAAAAAAUCUGACUGAUGUAAUGACGACUCCCCUGGCACAAGAAUCGGUCUAACAAGCCUUAGGCAGUGGGACUGCCAACAUCACUGCUUCAGUGUCAUUGCUGUACUUGGCAACUUAGCUCUUUGUUUUUGCUUUAGUAUACUUGUGUUCUCAAUUCCAUUUUAAUUAAAUCUAUUAAUAAAAAAGCUGCAAGUAUAGAGGAAGAUACAAUGACAAUAUGAGAAUCCACGGCUGUUUUUUUGAAUUUUUUGGUGCUAUACUGUGUAUCAGCGCUGCACGACUCUGUGUUAGGCCUGGUCUCACAUCGCCGAUUAUACUGGGUAACAAAAUGUAACCUUUUUAUUUGUUUGGUUCCAUGAAUCAAUAUUGAUGAAUCUUACAGUAUUUUCUGUGCUGAAUUCAAGUAUCCCAUUAGGAUUUUCUCUUACGCAAGGAUUUUAAGUGACACACAUUAAAAAUUUUAUAAUAAAUGUAUAUUUUCACUAUAUAGGUGAAAAUGUACAAUUUUCUGGUGUGCUAGGCCUCAGUAAAAUCACUGGUACAUACUGGUGCUGCAUUUGCCUUGGUAUUGAUUUUGCAUUUCAUAAAUGACCUAAUAAAAAAGGGAAAAACUCCAAUUAAGAACCCAAGAAAUGUAAUUUAUAAAGACAUGUUACAUCCCACGGCGUUGAAUGGCUUCAGGAGGUUAUCAACUGUUUCUAGGUAGUUGUCUGCCUUUAGGAUUCCCCAAGUUGUUCCUGCAGACACUCUUAAAGGAUUACCAUGCAGCGUUUUCAGUUGGGUUGCAACUGGUCAUCGAAGUUUUCCCCUCGAGUCACUUCUGUAAUUCAUGGGUCAUCUUGACAUCACUAAUCCUAGGACUUUUUUUUUCCUUGCAUCUGUGAAUCCGAGUCCAUUUUGAUCCACUUCCUUAGUUUUUCUUAAGGGGGGCGGGUUUUCUGCUGGAGCCUAUUCCAUCUCAGCUAGUAUAGGGCACAAGGAAGGAACAAACCCUGGACAGGGUGCCUGCUAAUCACACACACACACCCCAAGCACACACUAGGGCCAAUUUAGGAUCGCCAGUUCACCUAACCUGUAUGACUUUGGACUGUGGGAGGAAACUGGAGCACCCGGAGGAAACCCAUGCAGACACGGGGAGAACAGGCAAACUCCACACACACAGGACCCUGGAUGUGAACCCAGGUUUCCUUAGUGAAUAUAUAAAAUAUUACCAUAACAUAAGUCACCUAGAAUUUGAUAUGUUGAAGCUCAUCAAUAUCACGACAUCAAAUAAAAAUGUGCUCUAUGUCAGGGGUGGGCAAAGUUGUUCCUUGAGGGCCGCAGUGGCUGCAGGUUUUCGCUCCAACCCAGUUGAUUAAUUAGAAGCUGUUAUUGCUCGAGUAACACUUCUGCUUCACUUUAGUGGUCUCGCUCAUUAAGAUUUUGAACCCUUAUUGCUUAUUUUAGUCUUAAACAGCUGUUUUCUUAGUUUUUAAUGGCUCCUUAUUAGCAAUAAGAUGCAAAUGACAAAAAACCCAGCAUUUCUCCUUUUAGCUUGUUACUAUUUACACCUCUGUAUUUAUUGUGCACUAUUUGGUAUAAUUAAAUACUUGGAAGGAAAGUGAAGAGAAAAAAGUGAAAGAUUGAGUCCAUUUUAGACUUCAAAUCAUUUGGAUGAUAUCCUUAGAAAGGAAAAAAAAUCUAGGAUAUGAGAAUGACUUGACAUGGCAGAGUUAAAGCACUAACAAGCCAUGAAAUUUAAUUAGUGGCAAGGAUUGUUUCCUAAUUAAGCAACUGGGUUGGAGCAAAAACCUGCAGCCACUGCGGCCCUCCAGGAACGACUUUGCCCACCCCUGUCGUAUGUAGUUAUCCUUCCCCACAAAGUUCAAAUGGAAGAAUAUUGUUAGUCCUAAAAGAAUCGGCAGCAAUAGAUAUGAGCUACCUUUUAUCAGCUUUCCAUACCUUUUAAUGGUUGUGACCUCUUCCUCUGUGCCAUAAUUCAUCGUAGAGUAACGUGGUCAAAUGGGUCAGACAGCCUCUGUAGAAUGAGGAGAUGAGAUGUCACACUUACCCGGGUUUGAGUCGCACUUGACGACUGCACCUUCUGGGUCUCGUUGUCUCGGGGGGAGUUUGACUGCACGACUGGGAAUUGCUGAGGAUGGCAGAUCACAUGACCCCCUCAUGGCUUCACGGCACAGUUUCAGAUUUCACAGAGACUUGUGAAGUCGGCACAUUGGGGCAGCUAAUUAGUGUUGAGUGUCGUCUUUUCUUUCUCCACUCAGUUGUGGCAUGAAAAAGAGGACAUGUUGAAUAAAUGUUUGUGCUGGCUCCACAGCACUGUUUGCAUAGACCAGAGCGCCCAUUUCUUGUAGAUUUGAUGGAGCUCCUCUUCUUUCGGGCUGACCACUCAUUAGUUGCCAACUCUAAGACACAAGAGUCCACCAGUAAGGCUUACAAAGAAAUUCAAACUGAUUAAUUGGAAAUGACUGAAAAGAGACCACUAUAUGACUGGCUGUCACUAGCACAUGCGGCAGCCGUCCAUGACUUAAUAUAAUUAUAUACAGUAAAUGAAGUCUCCUACUGAAAAUUGAUGAAAAAGUUGGUCAUCUGACUGUAGCUUUUCCUCAUUCUGGAAACUAGAAGGCAAAGCAUGCUUUGUAUAAAAAGCUGCUUAGUGAUGUCUUGCUGAAUCUCGGGUGAGCUGCCAUUCUGUUUCCAUCACUGGCAGCGAGCCUUGGCACUCUUCCCCAAAGUCUAAAUGUAGAGGAGUCUCUUGAGUUUAAAAAUGGUCCCGACUAUGCCGGUAUACACUCUUAUGCAUGCCUCCAUUGAAAACAACCUCUUCCGAGUGGAUGAUUGUUCACCUUUCCUAAAGAUCCACCUACAGCCAGUUGUUUUCUCUGAUUCUGUGCCUGAGAGGCAGCCGUCUGCUCCUUGUGCCUUUUUACAUUUUCGUUUUCCCAGCACUAUCACUGAUGCAAAAGAUUGUUUAUCCCAUUUUUUUCUUUAGGUAAUCCUUCUCUCAUUUCAGCUUUGACUGCAACCCAAAUGGGAUCACCUGUCUCAAUAGAAAUUCCCUUCCAAUGGUCACUGUAAUCCUUUCGUGUCAUUUUGUUUCCAGUUAGCUUGUUCCACAACUCCUUAUUUGCAAUGCUGGAUACCAUUGUAGAAGUCACAGAAGGCCCUCUGGCAUUUCCCAUAGUUAACAAUAAAGCUGCCAAAAGAUCAUGAAAAUCAGGAGCUUACUGAUGAGGUAAUGGAGGUUCACAGUGCUCAGAUCAUUGGUAAAGGAGAUCUCUGGCUACAGUCCACCCAGACUUUCCUGCACCAGUAAAGACCACCUGGACAAACUUUAUCCCACUUCUGACACCAAACUGUGGAGGCAAUUCGCCUUUCUUAAAGACCCAAAGUCAAUAUGUGAUUGAUCAAUACACUAUAGCAGCAUUAUUGGUGAAGAGCAAUCACAAAGUGUGACUGUCUAUCUAAUCUGAUCAGUUCAUCAAAGCCAUGUUCUAUUAAUUGAUGAGUAGAUGCGAUGAAUAAAGAAAUAAAUCUUCACAAUCUCCAGUAGCUUAGAAUCUUCUCGUUUCCAUAAAAUCUUCAAGAGAACUAAGGGACUUCACUGUUUACAGUGUGACCCAGGGUUAAUCUAAUGCCAUUAGUUAUUCCUAAAAAAAAAGCAAAUUCUGUUAUCAAUCCAAUAGAGCACAGCAAACUAAUUGUAAGUUGUCUUGACUUUGGUCAAUUUAACUAAAGGACACCCAACCUGUAAGCUUGUCAUUACAGAAUCCUCAUCUUCCACUUCUGUUGCUUAGAAGAUGCACUCGUGGUAUACUCCUGUUGCUACUUACACGUCAUUGGUGAAGCACACUGUCGGGUCUGUAGAUCCUGUUCACCUUCUCGUCCCUUUGUUCCUUAAUUCCAUGCCUUGCUGUCCUCAUGGCUCCUGAUUUUGCUUUACUUUUGUUCGUUCCCAUUGCUGCUCGUUUUCCGUUGUCUGAUCCUACAGGGUGGUCCUGACUCAUCUGAGGUUCACAUGGCAGUUGUAUCUUAUAAGCGGUCUACCGACUAACCUGUCAUGUGUGGCAGUGAAACGGACACUCGUCCUUCUGCCAUCAUAAUUCUAAAUCAUCCUGAAAGACCUUGCGAUUCGACUUGACUUUACUUCAGCAUGUCGACACGUGUCCUGAGCGUUCCGUCUUGUCUGUUACACAUUUUGACCUCAGCCCAGAUUACGGUUGUGUUCUUUUCGAGACACCUUUGUUUUUGUUGACUAAACAUUCUUCACCAACUAUGGAAUAACCUAGUAUGUCACUUUCUUUCAAGUUUUUAGCAAAUUGACAAAGUGAUGUCACCCCUAUAAUUAACGAUUUCUAGAUUUCAUUUUUCCUGAGUCAACAACACCUGCCACGUCGAUCACACAGUUGCAGCAUUCAAAUCACGUGAUUGUAAUCCGACGUUUUCAUUGGUAGACAGUCUUUCCUCAUUGGUCAGUGGCGUUGCUAGGUUUUUGUCUUGUAGUAUGUAAGAUGUUGUGUACAUGGUAGCUUCUUCCAUCAUGCCCUGACCGGACCGGACAUAUUUGGACAUCACCACUACCUUAUAACAACAGGAAAGGCCUUGUAACUCCAAAAACUAAAAAAGACUCAAAUUUGAAGACAAAUGGCAUUUACUAGGUUUUUCCAUUGCAUGUGAGCUUGAUCUCAAUGAUAGAAGUGACUCCCUGUCGGCUUGCUUGGUGUUCAUGUAGGUUGAUUAUCAAAAGGUAGCGGUGCAGGGUGUCACCCUGGUGCCGUGGUUGGUGCCGUGGUUUCACUGCUCCAGAGACCGGCCUUUGAUUCCUGACCAGUCACAGGAGUCUUCUCUGUCCACCCAAAUUCCAAAGAGUUCCUCCACCCAUUCAUUUUCUAAGCAUUCUUGAUCCAUUUCAAGGUCACAGGGGGUUUACUGGCCGAGCCCAUCAGUUACAAGACAAAAAGGAGCCCCCGCUGUUCCCCUGACCAGAUACAGAUUAGGUGAAGUGAUGGUUUAAAGCUGAACUGAUAGGGCUAGCAGUGAGUGGGACAGAUUGGCAUCUCAUCCUGCUGUACACACAGCACAGCUAGCAAAGGCUCCAUCCUCUUAUGAAAUGUCCGAGUUAUCCAAUGUAUUUCGAGAUGUUUACGCCACAUUUUAUUCCAGCUAUACAUCACUGACAGUUUAGAGCCUCCAGAGCCAAUCACACGUAGAACCAGACUUGUAAACAAACCAGAAUUUGGUUGUAAUGAAAAUCAGAAGAUGCAGAAAGUUUGAGUCUACCAGGAGACCCUGAAAGUGGCACAACAGCUGAAAUUCUGAGAACCGACCUGGAGCCUCCAAGUCUGGCUUUUCAACUGGCACUGAUCGGCCCGCUUUGACGACGGCCAUUUUCCUCUGCUUUCUUGUUUUUUUUACCUGUAUCUGAACUAAACUCUGCAAGCUUGGGCUGUGAGAUCGGUCUGCUGCAUUUCAACCUUCUACUCAUUUCAAAUGGCAAAGACCUCCAGUACCUUGGGUUGUAUGAGACCGACGGGUAAAGGGGAUUAAAAAUAAAAUCAGACAAGAACUGGGAGGCUUUGCUCAAGAAACAUGGAAAGCACCAAGUCUGAGAGAACCCCCUGGCAUGAGAGGGGCUGAACAAUGUGAAUGGAGAAACCGGAGGAUUUUAAAUGUUGGUGUUGGGGACUAAGAGACAAUCUUGCUGUCUGUCGUCUGUGUAUUUCUGCUUUUAGUAGCUGCAUGGUAUCCCAAUAUUAACGCUUGUUCUCUCUUUUGUGUGAAUGGACUGAUUCACAUCGCACUGUGAUAUCACGAUAUUAUCGCUUGUUUCCUCUCGUGUAAAUGGACUGUUUUGUUUUAUUCUGUGCUAUCCCAUGAAUACAAGCGGUGCACUGCUCCAGUGCAGCAGUCGG